AUGACAGUGAAGGAAACUGCUGAGGAUUUGUCCAUGGCUUGGGAGCACAAGUUCCACCACAGACACGACACUACGGCCUCUCCAGCUCUCUGGUGUGUCACUUCGCUGCAGCUCAACAAGAUGUCGCAGCAGCGGAACCAACAUUAUCACGCUAUCCCUCAUGCUCGCGCGAGCUACGAUCAUCUGUGCAAAAAGCACAGGACCAUCCCAACCCCGGCAGAUGUCGAUGCGAUUACUCGCAUCAUCGGUUCCGUGAGUUCUCAAGCCUUAAUCCGAGCCUGCUUCGAACCGGGCCUGCUGUUCUUCCUUGAAAGAUCAGCUGUCCGAUUUCAGAGUGGCUCAUUGUUGAUCGGUUGGGUUUAUGCAUUCGAAGGCCAUGACCGCGUCGAGAAGGAAGUCUGGUUCAAGCCUCCUAUACCCGGAGAAAGUUCUCUGUGUCACGUCCCUGAGGCUUAUGAUGCUUCCAUGUACAGUCCCAAAGGCAGAAGCAUCAUUUGUGACAAGUGGCAUCCCGUUAUCUUCGACAUCGUAAGCCCUAACGAAAACAAGGGACGCACGUUGCAGAACACGUUUUUCAGAGCCUGUAUCAAGCUUCUGGAAGCCGAUGUGCCACCACCAUCGGUCGAGCGCUCGGGUUCAACUCUUUCUGCAUCAACAAACUCGAUUACGUUCAACCCCAAUGGCCCCCAUCGAAAACGAACCACCACUCCUGGUGCCACCCCUGCACCUAGCGGCUCCGAAACCUCCGUCACGGUCGAUCUGACUGGCUCUGACGAAGAGGUCGUCAUCAAGACAGAGGUGCCGACCAUCGCUACAGCCAUCAAGCAAAUACAAACCCACAGAUCUCAGGUCGAAGACAAGAUACAAGCGUUCCGCGACAAACUCGACAAGAAGGAGGUCGAAGAGCUCGAGCAGAUGUUGGAGAAAGAACUUCCAUCCUGGAUCAAGAAGCUCGCCGAGGAUGUGCUACAGAAGAAGAUGCUCAAGGAGUUAGAGCUAGCUGAAAGCUUUCUUCUUUGA